AGACCACAGGAAUCUAAGAAUCGAUACGACCCCUCUUGGUGGGAAGGCGGCGGCUGGGGGGCAAUGGCUGAGUGCUUCCUGCCAGCACCAGGCAGCCCAGCCGAGAACCGCAGGGCGGCCGAGGGCUCAGGCAUGACUCGCAGCCCCAGCUUUGAGGAAGUUAGCCCUACAAAGUUCCCGGGUCUCUACCGCCUCACUGAGCCCACGGGACUCACAGACGGCAGCCAUCUCCCUGGAGAGGUCCCUUCUGAUGAGGAUCGCGACCACGCCAAGAAGAAGAGCAAGUUCAAGAAGAAAGAGAAGCGAACUGAGGGAUAUGCGGCUUUCCAGGAAGACAGUUCAGCAGAUGAAGCAGAGUCACCUACCAAAGUGAAGAAGUCCAAGGGUAUCCAAGUAUUUAAAAAGCCCAGCUUCUCCAAAAAAAAAGAUAAGGAAUUUCGUAUUAAGGAAAAGGUCAAAGAGGAGAAGCCCAAGGAAGAGAAACAAAAGGAAAAGAAAGUCAAGGAGCGAACGCAGGCCGUGGCAGACGUUGUAAAACUCCCCAAGAAAGAUAAGCAACAGAAAAGCAAGAAGAAAAAGAAGGCCAGUGUCUUGACUGUACCAGAGCAGGAUUGGCCCGAGGUAGAGGUGGUUGUGGGGCCCAAGCCUGGUCCCAUCUUUGGUGCCACCUUGGAGGAGGCUGUGCAUCGCACUGCCCUCUACGACGGAGUGCCCUUGCCAGCUGUGUGCCGAGAGUGCAUCGACUACAUUGAACGUAAUGGCCUUAAGUGUGAAGGCAUCUACAGGGUUUCUGGAAUAAAGUCGAAGGUAGAUGAAUUGAAGGCCAUAUACGAUCGCGAGGAGUCUCCCAACCUGGAAGAUUAUGACCCUCACACAGUUGCAAGUGUACUGAAACAGUAUCUGCGGGAGCUUCCAGAGAGUUUGUUGACACGAGAGCUCCACCCUAAAAUUGAGGAAGCCUGCAGUCGUCCUUUAGUUGAAGAUCGGCUGGCUGAGUGCAAGCGACUUUUGGCAGAGCUUCCCAAAUUCAAUCGCCAUCUCCUCUCCUGGCUCAUGGUCCACAUGGACCAUGUUGUGCUGCAUGAGAGUGACAAUAAGAUGAAUGUGCAAGGCAUUUCUAUUGUCCUGCACCCCACAACACAGAUAAGCCACCGACUGCUGUAUAUGUUUUUUAUGCAUGUGAAUGACCUGUUUAAGAACGUGAAUCUGAAUUCUGCAAUCAGGCCCCUUCGUUGGUCCAACCUGGCAAAUGCUCCAAACUUCCCAGAGAGCCAAGAAAAUAUCAAAGAAGAGAUCCGGAGACAGGAAUUCAUGCUGAACAGGUUACACAGUGACCUGCAAGCUGGUGUUAAGGACUCUGGGAAGGAGGAAAGGCUUUGGGAGGUUCAAAGAAUCCUGACAGCCCUUAAACGCAAACUCCGUGAGGUCAAACGACAGGACUGCGAAGAAAAGAUAGCUCAAGAGAUUGCCAGCCUAUCAAAGGAGGAUGUUUCAAAGGAGGAAAUGACAGAAAAUGAAGAGGAAGUGAUCAACAUACUCAUAGCACAGGAGGAUGAGGUUUUGACAGAACAGGAGGAGCUGCUCGCCAUGGAGCAGUUGCUGCGGAGAAAGAUGGCCGCUGAGAAGGAGGAGAUCGAACGACUGCGGGCUGAAAUCGCAGAGAUACAGAGUCGACAACAGGUGCGCAGUGAGACGGAAGAUUACAGCUCGGACAGUGAAAGUGAGAGUGAGGACGAGGAGGAGCUGCAGCUGAUUCUUGAUGAUUUAAUUCGGCAAAAUGAGGAACUUGAGAUCAAGAAUAACCACUUGAAUCAAGCCAUCCACGAGGAGAGGGAGGCCAUCAUAGAGCUGCGGGUGCAGAUCCGCCUUCUGAAGUCUCAGCGGAACAGGCAAGAGCAGUGCCAAGAGGAGGCGGCGGCAGCUGGAGAAACUGCCAAGCUCUCUCCAGAUGCAUCAGCCGUCAUCGCUGUUGCACCCAACAAACUCAAGUUGGAAUCCGCUGUUUCCAUCGAUGCAGCAGACAACAGAGCUGCAGCUCGGUCUCCUGCAGAGAUUUCGGCAGAUUCUAAAGUGGCCAAGUCACCUACGGAUGCUCCUCUGGACUCAAAACCUGCAAAGGAUGUGGGGAAGGAAGCGUCAAUGGCAGGAAUCGCGAAUGCGAAGGAUGCUGCAAAAGAUGUUGGGAAGGAUGCUGUCGCAGCAGAAGAAGCUGGUAAGGUGGUACAACCUGUGAAGAACGUUUGCAAAGAUGAUAACGCGACAAAGAAUUCUGAUGAAACACAGAUCGCAAAGGAUUCUGGGAAGGGAGAGCAAGUGAAGGGUUCUGGGAAGAAUGUACCAUCAGCCAAGGAUCCUGGGAAAGAAUCCAGGUCAGCAAAGGAAGUUGGUAAAGAAGAGGUAAAAGGAAAUGCAAAGGAUUUACAGAAGCCUUCGCCUGCCAAAGAAACAGAAAUAUAAAGUGUUCUUUAAAAUGACCUAUAACAAAAAAAAUCUAACCUUUAAGCUAUGUAUAAUAUAUUAUGGGAUGUGUUUUAACCGGGUUCUAAUUUUCAGAAUAUGCACCUUUAUGUCCACACAUGCAAGUCAGAGGUAUCGCUUGUAUUUGUUUAAAAUAUUGUAGCAAUAAGUGAAAUGUGUAUGUAAGUUGUUUGUCCAUAAAUAUUAUGGUUCCAUUUUUAGUUCACAUUGAAAAGUGAGCCAACCGGAAUUUUAAUCAGAGCACAUUUUUUGCACAUGUAUUAACACCAAAAUGAAUACAAAUGGAGUGUGAAUUACAAUUGUAAAAUAUAGGAACCUUCCAUCUAUUUAGGCCAUAAUAUAAUGGUCUGGCUCUGUUUUAUAAUGUGAAAUACAAGUGAAACUGCUGUAUUAAAUUUCAAACAAUGUGCCUUUGGACAUGUCCCUGGGAUUGGAAAUAAAGUUUUACCUUUUACUCCUAUUUUAUUUUAAUAACCUUGGUACAUUUAUUCAUGUUAUUUUUCUCGUCAUGAUGAUUUGCUUAAUUGCAUAUGCUUUGUAAGGUGUUAACUAUUACGUGUAAUAUAGGAUAUGCACCUACCAGUUUCCUUUUGAGGACAUUUUGAAAUUAGAUCAAUAUGCGUCAACACGACAAGCAUUGUUUUUUUUUGUAUCGGUCACAUUGCCCUUUAAUAGUGUUUAUUCAAUGGAAAUAUUCAUGAAAUGCGAUUUAAAUUCUGUAGCUGCAUGCUGUAAAACAACACGUGUUAAGUGUGGAUUAAAAUGUAUAUGCAUUCUCUGCAUGAUACGUGUCGUUGCAUAAGCAAGCAGUUAAAUGUAGUUGUUAAGUAGUUUAUUCAUGCGAGGUCUAAACCAAUUGGUGAUGCAAAAAAGGGGGCGGUGAUGCAAAAAAGUCGGCAGUGAUACAUUGCUCUGUACUUUCAGUUAAAUAUUUACUGCUUAUGCACGAUGUUAAAGUCCUGUAACUCUGAAAGAUCCACAAACUCGAGCGACAAAGCGUCAGUGGGGUUUUCAGUACCCGUUCUUUGACAGCAGAGGGCGAAGUGCGUUCAAUGGAAACGGCCUUUGAUACGCAUGCCGUUCACAAGAAACGCAACCCAUUCAUUCACAUUUACAAGCCUUUUAACAAUUUACUUCGGAACCGAUCGAGUGUUUCUUAAGCCUCGACUAUCACACAAACAGCAGCACGGUAUUUGAAUACACUUUAAUUGGUAAUGUCCCCGUGUUGAAAAUGGUGCGAGUGUGUAUAUGACAAACUCCAAAAUGCGUGUACGAGACGUGUUCACAGCAGUAUUCACUAUUGGUAUGCAUUAGGAACUGCCACACGACGCAAAGUAACGUUCAUUCAGCUACUGAUGGAAUAUAUGCAUCUAUAAAUAUCCACCAACUUUUUUUGUAUGCGUUUUCUGUGAACAAAAUGUACCCUUUGAGUUUAUGAGCGCCUUUUAUGACCGUUUAUGCAACCGUUUAGUUAUGCCGAAUAUGCAGUCAUGCAUAAUUAUAGGCUUAUUCGGGAGCUUGUAUUGUUUAGUGGUGAAGGCCGUCAUCCAACAGUGUAUUGACAAAAGGGAUGUUGCACUGUAGGCAACAAUGCAUAGUUAAUGUACGUGCUAAUUGUAAAUUAAAUCACACCCAGUUUGGUCGUGAGGUCUUGCAUCCUUGAUUUACAAUGCGGUGUAGAUCCCAAAAUACAUUUCCGUUGAUAAUUUAAAUCAUUACAUUGUCUGAUUUCCUCUCCAUUCCAGACAGCGAUUUAUAAAAGCACACCUUUCAUACGAUUACGUGCUUUAUGCUGCAUUAAUCUCUAACCAUGUUUAAUUUCAGUCGUAGUCGCCUAUUAUGCAGUACAUUCUGCAUUCUGUCCUUGACCAACCCGCACUGACGUGUGUGGUGAAGCAAGGCCAAACAAAUACCCCCAUCGCCGGCAUGGGUAUGGGUAUACGUCUAACCGUGAUAUUAUAAGUUCCUUUAAUUUAUUAUACCAUAGUUAUACACUAAGCAGGGGUUCUUAACCUUUACUGCAGCCUCUGCACCCCUUUGAUUCUCAAUCGUAAUAAAAUGUAUAAUGUUAAUAAAUACACAGGUUUGAUGAAACAAAGUAGUUGUACUUACGUGCCCGUGUUUAAUUUAUUUGCGAUGAUUUACCUUGUUAAAAAAACAUGGAAUGUCUCGCACCCCCACAAAGGGCACCCCAGGUUAAGAACCACUGCUUUAAAGCAAUGUUUCCACGUAUUGCGUUGAUCGACUCGACAUAGACUUAACAUACAUCCUAACCAAGAUCUAUUUUAUAUAGCUAGGUGCAAAAAUAAUAUUUUGAAACGCACGUUAAAACAUGCGAAUUAAUGUGAAAUGCAAAAAAAAAAUCCAUAACCAGCCGAGGUAAAAACCGCUUCAUAAAAAUGCCAAUGUAGAGUUAAGGGCUGUAGCAAUGCACAGAGCAGUCGUUCUCGUCAAUAAUUAACAUCAGUAAAGGCAACCGCCAGAUUGUCCCUCGUGUUGAGAUUGGAUAUCAUAUAUGUAGCCGACUGAACUGUAUAUCCUUCAAGCCUCAAAUAUAGCACUCAUCAGCCUUCAUCGAUCCACUGUUGGAUGAAGGCCUCUCCAAGCUUUCGCCGUAUCUCACGAU